AUGAUUACACUAAUACCCGCAAGGUUGGGAGGUGUGAUACCUUCGACUCAUCUAAAAUCAUUGACCAUCAAAUAUCACAACAUCAGUUGUCGUUAUCAAUCAUCAUCAUCAUCAUCAUCAUCAUCAUCUAAAAAAUCAUCAUCACAAUCAAGAUGGUUAGCGCGUUCUCGUAAUGACUUUUACACCAGAAAGGCCAAAGAAAUGAACAUGAGAUCAAGAGCGGGGUUCAAACUACAAGAAAUAAACUCGAAAUUCCACCUCUUCAACAAGUCCAAAGUUCAGAACAUUGUUGAUUUGGGAUUUGCUCCUGGCGCAUGGAGUCAAGUGGCUGCCAGCUUGUCCCACACCAAUUCCAAGAUAUUGGGGGUGGAUAUCUUGCCGUGUAAGCCACCAAAAGGAGUAUCGUCUAUCCAAGCCAAUAUUUUAUCAAAAAGAACCCAUCAAACAAUUUAUGAGUAUUUUGUGAACAACGAUAAAGUGAUGAUGAAUUUGAAGAAGCGCCAUGCGACAAAUGACCAAGAAAGUACCGAUGCGGUAACAGAUAAAUUGGUCUCUUUAGGCGAAGAUUUGCCGACCAAGACCAUCAUCGACAAGAAAGAUUCCCGGCAGGUUGUUGACCUUGUUAUUAGUGAUAUGUAUGACCCUUUACCCCAAGUUACUGGAUUUUGGAAUAACACCACUAACACCGCGUAUUACAGGAUGGCCAACACUUCGGGGUUGAAGGCAAAGGACCAUGGGGCAAGCAUGGACUUGUGCGAAGCUGGGUUGAUAUUGUGUCUAGAGCUAUUAAAAGAUGGGGGAGCGUAUGUCUGUAAGUUUUACAGCGGAGGGGAAGAUGUGGUGCUUGAGCACCGGCUUCGUAAACUGUUUGAUUCAGUGACAAGGUUCAAGCCCCCGGCGCUGCGCUCAGAAUCACGCGAAGACUACUUUGUGUGUCGCGGUCGGAAACCGGGGGUGACCCCGAGGGGAGUUUUUGUGUAG